GGAGGAGGCGGCGGAGGAGGAGGAUUAGUGUGGGGUGGAAAGGAAGAGUGAGCGAGCGAGAGCAAGUUGAGGGGAGGGGGUGUAAGAGCCAGCGAAUUCUUUUUCUUUUUCUGUUAUUAUUUUGACGACUCCCGAGUUGCGCCCAUGCUCUUGUCAGCUUCGCUUUAGGCGUAGCACGGACAGGCAGAAGAAAAUGGGGCAAAGCGUGCUCCGGGCGGUCUUCUUUUUAGUCCUGGGGCUUUUGGGUCAUUCUCACGGAGGAUUCCCCAACACCAUCAGCAUAGGUGGACUUUUCAUGAGAAACACGGUGCAGGAGCACAGUGCUUUCCGCUUUGCCGUGCAGUUAUACAACACCAACCAGAACACCACUGAGAAACCCUUCCAUUUGAAUUACCACGUAGACCACUUGGAUUCCUCCAAUAGUUUUUCUGUGACUAAUGCUUUCUGCUCCCAGUUCUCCAGAGGGGUGUAUGCUAUCUUUGGAUUCUAUGACCAGAUGUCAAUGAACACCCUGACCUCCUUCUGUGGGGCCCUGCACACAUCGUUUGUCACACCGAGCUUCCCCACUGAUGCAGAUGUGCAGUUUGUCAUUCAGAUGCGCCCAGCCUUGAAGGGGGCCAUUCUGAGUCUGCUGGGCUACUACAAGUGGGAGAAGUUUGUAUACCUCUAUGACACAGAACGAGGGUUUUCCAUCCUACAAGCAAUUAUGGAAGCAGCAGUGCAAAACAACUGGCAAGUGACAGCAAGGUCUGUGGGAAACAUAAAGGACAUUCAGGAGUUCAGACGCAUCAUUGAAGAAAUGGACAGAAGGCAGGAAAAACGAUACUUGAUUGACUGUGAAGUCGAAAGGAUUAACACAAUUUUGGAACAGGUUGUGAUCCUGGGGAAACAUUCAAGAGGUUAUCACUACAUGCUUGCUAACCUGGGUUUUACUGACAUUUUACUGGAAAAAGUCAUGCAUGGGGGAGCCAACAUUACAGGUUUCCAGAUUGUCAACAAUGAAAACCCAAUGGUUCAGCAGUUCAUACAGCGCUGGGUGAGACUGGAUGAAAGGGAAUUUCCCGAAGCCAAGAAUGCACCACUAAAGUAUACAUCUGCAUUGACACACGAUGCAAUACUGGUCAUAGCCGAAGCCUUCCGAUACCUGAGGAGGCAGCGAGUAGAUGUAUCCCGCAGAGGCAGUGCUGGAGACUGCUUAGCGAACCCUGCUGUGCCCUGGAGUCAAGGAAUUGAUAUUGAGAGAGCUCUGAAAAUGGUGCAAGUCCAAGGAAUGACUGGAAACAUCCAAUUUGAUACUUACGGACGUAGGACAAAUUAUACCAUUGAUGUGUAUGAAAUGAAAGUCUCAGGCUCUCGAAAAGCUGGUUACUGGAAUGAGUAUGAAAGGUUUGUGCCCUUCUCGGAUCAGCAAAUCAGCAAUGAUAGUGCAUCCUCAGAGAACCGGACAAUUGUCGUGACUACCAUUCUGGAAUCACCAUACGUAAUGUAUAAAAAGAAUCAUGAGCAACUAGAAGGAAAUGAGCGCUAUGAAGGCUAUUGUGUUGAUUUAGCCUAUGAAAUAGCCAAACAUGUAAGGAUCAAAUACAAAUUAUCCAUUGUCGGUGAUGGAAAAUAUGGCGCACGGGAUCCAGAGACUAAAAUAUGGAAUGGCAUGGUUGGGGAACUUGUCUACGGAAGAGCUGAUAUAGCUGUUGCUCCACUCACCAUAACAUUGGUCCGUGAAGAAGUCAUAGAUUUUUCAAAGCCAUUUAUGAGCCUGGGAAUCUCCAUCAUGAUAAAGAAGCCUCAGAAAUCCAAGCCAGGCGUAUUUUCAUUCCUGGAUCCAUUAGCUUAUGAAAUCUGGAUGUGCAUUGUCUUCGCUUACAUUGGAGUCAGUGUAGUUCUCUUCCUGGUCAGCAGAUUUAGCCCUUAUGAAUGGCAUUUGGAAGACAACAAUGAAGAACCUCGUGACCCACAAAGCCCUCCUGAUCCUCCGAACGAAUUUGGAAUAUUUAACAGUCUUUGGUUUUCCUUGGGUGCUUUUAUGCAGCAAGGAUGUGAUAUUUCUCCAAGGUCACUUUCUGGGCGCAUUGUUGGAGGGGUUUGGUGGUUCUUCACCCUGAUCAUAAUUUCAUCCUACACUGCAAACCUUGCUGCUUUCCUGACAGUGGAGAGGAUGGUGUCCCCCAUUGAGAGUGCUGAAGAUUUAGCCAAGCAGACUGAAAUUGCAUAUGGGACCCUGGACUCUGGUUCAACAAAGGAAUUUUUCAGAAGAUCCAAAAUUGCUGUGUACGAGAAAAUGUGGUCUUACAUGAAAUCAGCAGAACCAUCUGUGUUUACCAAAACAACAGCUGAUGGGGUAGCCCGAGUUCGGAAGUCCAAGGGCAAGUUCGCCUUCCUGCUGGAGUCAACCAUGAAUGAGUACAUUGAGCAGAGAAAGCCCUGCGAUACGAUGAAAGUUGGUGGAAAUCUGGAUUCCAAAGGCUAUGGUGUGGCAACCCCUAAAGGCUCAGCAUUAAGAACGCCUGUAAACCUUGCAGUAUUGAAACUCAGUGAACAAGGCAUCUUAGACAAGCUGAAAAACAAAUGGUGGUACGAUAAGGGGGAAUGUGGAGCCAAGGACUCCGGGAGUAAGGACAAGACCAGUGCUCUAAGCCUGAGCAAUGUGGCAGGCGUAUUCUAUAUACUUGUCGGAGGUCUGGGUCUGGCCAUGAUGGUGGCUUUGAUAGAAUUCUGUUACAAAUCACGGGCAGAGUCAAAACGCAUGAAACUUACAAAGAACACCCAAAACUUUAAGCCUGCUCCUGCCACCAACACUCAGAAUUACGCUACAUACAGAGAAGGCUACAACGUGUAUGGAACAGAAAGUGUUAAGAUCUAGGGGUACGGUUAAGAUCCCUUUCCACUGGAAGCAUGCAAUGAGAGGAAAUCACUGAAAAUGUGGCUGCUUCAAGGAUCCUGAGCCAGAUUUCACUUUCCUUGGUGUCGGGAAUGACACGAAUAUUGCUGAUGGUGCAAUGACCUUUCAAUAGGAAAAACUGAUUUUUUUUUUCCUUCAGUGCCUUAUGGAACACUCUGAGACUUGCGACAAUGCAAACCAUCAUUGAAAUUGUUUUGCUUUGCUUGAAAAAAAUUAAAAUAAAACCAACAAAAAAGUGGA